GGCUUUUUAGUGUUUGAUUCAUGAUGAUAAUUUUAAAAAGAUGCAAAAAUGCUAUUGUCAUAUAUUCGAAACUAACUUUGAUGAAUUACAUUGAAUAGAUUGGUCGAUGAUGUAUAGCUUAACAAAGAAUUCACCAAAACACUAGAUAUUGUUUUAUAUCAAUAAAAUUCUUCACAUAUUUUAAUACAGUAUGGAUAUAGUAGACAGAGUACUGAUCUUUAUGUGAUUUAUGUCUUCAACAGGGAAUACCUCUUAUUCUACAUCAUUGUAUAAAGAGACAUCAAAUCUUGAUUUCAAUCAAGGUGUUGAACCACGAUCACAACAGCAAGAUAUUGAAUCAAAUUUAAGUCCAUAUACUUGUAAAACGUCUGACAAAACCGUAACAUCUGAAUCAUAUAAUCAAGAAUUAUCUCAAACAUCAAAUGAACACAAUUUGAAUUAUGAUGAUGUCUUAACUUUACAUGUCCCACAAUUAAACGAAAAUUUAUGGCAUAAAAAACAAUCCUAUAGUUUAUUCAAAUAUAAUAAAUGUCAUUGUUUUGAAUUUAUAACACGUAAAAUACGUUUAAACAAGUCACAUAAAGCUCAAGAAGGUGUAAUGAAGAAACAAUCUAAAUCCUUAUCUAAUCGUAUUCACAAUGGUAAUCAUUUAAAUUCACUUUAUGAAAAUGAAGUCGAUAUAAUGAUGACAUCUGAUGAUAUGAAAAACGUAAAACAAACUAAACUUCCACAAGAAACUAAUGAUACACCAAAUGAUUCUGAAGUUGUAGGGAAAAGUAUGCGUUGGACAACAACUUUUUUAGCAGCGUUAAGUAUAUUUUUGAUUUUGAUCACGUUUCCAUUUUCACUUGUCUAUUGUAUACGUAUUGUCGCUGAAUAUGAACGAGCUGUUGUUUUAAGAAUGGGUAAUUUAAUACCAAAAGGUAAAGGUACAAAAGGGCCGGGAUUAUUUUUUAUUUUACCAUGUAUUGAUAGUGUACGAAAAGUGGAUUUACGUACAGUGACAUUUGCGAUCCCACCACAAGAAUUAUUAACACGUGAUUCAGUAACUGUUUCAGUGGAUGCAGUUGUAUAUUAUCGUGUAUUAAAUCCAGUUGCAUCUGUGUUAAAUAUUGAAGAUGCUGCACGCUCUACCAGACUAUUAGCACAGACAACCAUAAGAAAUGUUUUAGGAACUAAAGAUUUGGCACAAAUUCUUAUGGACAGAGAAGAAAUAUCUACAGCUAUGCAGUCUAGUUUAGAUGCGACAACAGAUGCUUGGGGUGUUAAAGUUGAAAGAAUUGAAAUCAAAGAUGUCCGCCUUCCUAUCCAACUACAACGUGCAAUGGCAGCAGAAGCUGAAGCUGCUCGUGAAGCUCGUGCUAAAGUGAUUGCUGCUAAAGGAGAACAAGAAGCAGCUAGAUCAUUAAAAGAAGCUGCAAAAGUUAUAUCUACUUCACCAAUGGCAUUCCAAUUAAGAUAUUUACAAACAUUAUGUGCAAUAUCAGCUGAAAAGAAAUCAACUAUAUUCUUCCCGGUACCAAUAGAUAUAAUGCAAAAUAUAGGUAAUAUAUCCGGGUCAACAUUUCAACAAUUAUUCAAUAAAAAUAAUCAAAAAUUACAAACAAAAUAUUCAAUGAAUAAAAUUCCAAGUACUAAAGAAAUUGAAAUGAAUUCAAAUGAUUAUUGUGAUACAAUAAUUAAUCCAAAAAAUAUUAUUUGUAAUCAAAAUAUAAUAAAAAUGGAUAAAUCAACAAAUCUAUUACAUUCUGUAAAUUUUAUUGCUGAACAACCAUGGCCUCAAUCAACGCAUAUAAAUCGAGAUAAUCAAGACACAAAUUGGGCAUAUGAAAGUGGUGAUACACAUAGUGAUACAGUUUAAAAUUAAUAAAAUAAUAAGUUUGUAAUAUUUUAAUGUUUAUAAAGAAUAUUCUUAAUGAUAUGAAAUAUAUAUAAAUUGAAUAAUUCACUUUCUUAUUACACAUUCAUUUAACACAUUUUAAAGAUCAUAGUAAUGUAUUUGAAAUGAUAUUUAAACUAUUUCAUAUAGAAUCACUCUUUAGAAGAAAUGAUUUUCCAUAUUACAUUCAUAAAAAUGCAGGAUAUACAUAUAAUUUCCAAUUAUUGUUAUUUCCUUCAUAAAUACUGAUUGUCUAGAUAUUAUUGUGAAUAAAGCUGAUUAUAUACAAAUAAAUAUUUUUAAAAAAAAUGUAAAUGAAUAUCAAUA